AAAAAAUCGGGCCUUUUUGCCUACCUCACGCAUUGCAUUCUCCCCCACCUUACUUUUUCCCUCUCACCCACAACAUAAAGACACCCUUAAAAUAAUUCCCUCGCAAGCUGGAUCAAUGCUGAAGAAAAAAUAAUAAAAAAAUAUAAAAAUGCCAUAUUCAAAUUCUUCAGAGAUCACCACAGCUGGUGCCAGCACGCGCGGCGAGGAUGAAGAAGCCGACAGGGUCCCAGGCCUCGAGUUUCGAAUCCCUAGCGACAACUCGAUCAGCUCCAUGCGGCUGAGCGUGUCCUCGCCCAGGCUCUCGUUCGCGUCCUCCACGGCCCUCUCCUCGCCGGCGUCCAGCGGGUACUUGACCGGCGCGUCGUUCGAUCCGAGGAAGAUGAGGAAAUCGAAGAGGAGCAGCUCGUGGCACCGGAGGAGGCUGGCGGUCGGGCUGGCGGUUUUGCUGGGGUUCUUGUUCGCCAUGAAUUGGUGGAUGCUUUCUCGGAUCCAGGAGCCGGGUCGGAGGCGUGGGGGUUUCAAGGUGAAGAUAUUGAGGGCGAACAAGAGUACUGUGUUCAUCAAGUUCCAUACAAUGAGCAAUGCACUUUUUCAUUGGCCAAAAAGGUUGUUGAUGAGAAUAGUUGGUAGUCUCAAGGUGGAAGAACUUCAAAAACUUGGAAGAGGGAAAAAACCUCAGAAAACUAUAUACGCAAGGCUUUUGGCCAAGGCUGCUCACGCAUUAGCUGAUGGAGAGAGCAAACCUGAGCCGAAGGAGUUAUGGUUGGAACCUUAUGCCCGUGCUUCUUCUUGGACCCCUUGUGCUAAUAAACGCAGUUGGCAACCUAGUGAGGGUAAGACUGGUUAUAUAAUGGUCACAGCAAAUGGUGGGAUAAAUCAGCAGCGAGUUGCUGUCUGCAAUGCUGUUGCCGUUGCCAGAUUACUUAAUGCGACCCUUGUUCUUCCCAAAUUUAUGUACAGCAGUGUCUGGAGAGAUGCUAGUCAGUUCGGCGAUAUUUAUCAGGAGGAUCAUUUCAUCAACUACUUGAAGCCUGAUAUACCAAUUGUGAAGGACCUUCCUAAGGAGUUACAGUCCUUAGAUUUGGAGGCAAUUGGUAGUCUGGUUAUGGACACAGAUAUUAUGAAAGAGGCUAAACCAAGCUUUUACUUGAAAUACAUUCUUCCAUUAUUACACCUCAACAGAGUCGUUCAUUUUGUUGGAUUUGGGAACAGAUUAGCAUCUGAUCCUAUACCACAUCCCUUACAGAGGCUUCGGUGCAGAUGCAAUUUUCACGCCCUAAGAUUUACCCCUAAAAUACAAGAAGCUGGUGCCAUGCUUAUCCGGAGGAUGCGUCAAAAUGAAAAAGGUUUGGGACGUCUUGACCCAUAUCUUGUGGGCCCAUUUGCGCACUCAACAAUGAAGAGGCAAAAAGGUCGUGCAGCUAAAACGUCCAAGUACCUGGCCUUACAUCUGAGAUUUGAAAUUGACAUGGUGGCUCAUUCGUUAUGUGAAUUUGGUGGAGGUGAGGAGGAAAUGAAAGAAUUGGAGGCUUAUCGACAAAUCCACUUUCCUGCAUUGGUGGAACUAAAGAAAACUAAAAAGUUCCCUUCCCCAACAGAACUAAGAUCUGAAGGUCUAUGCCCAUUGAUGCCAGAGGAGACAGUUCUUAUGCUUGCUGCCCUUGGGUUCAACCGGCGGGCCCACAUAUAUUUAGCCGGUGCACAUAUUUAUGGAGGGAGUUCGAGAUUGGCGGCACUAACGACCCUGUUUCCAAAUAUGGUCACCAAAGAAAACUUGCUUUCUGCAGAUGAAAUGCAGCCAUUUGCAAAUUACUCAUCUCAGUCAGCGGCACUUGAUUUCAUUGUAUGCUCGGCUGCCGAUGUAUUUGCCAUGACGGAUUCCGGAAGUCAAUUUUCUUCUUUAGUAGCUGGUUAUCGAAUUUAUUAUGGUGGAGGAAAAAUGCCUACAAUACGGCCAAACAAACGCCGGCUUGCCGACAUUUUCGUGAAAAACAACACCAUCGAGUGGAAGGUGUUUGAGACGAGAGUGAGGAAAGCAAUUGCUGGAUACAAAGUAGAAGGCUAUGCCUGCAAUAUAAGAGGUUUCCAUGCUGGAUUCAGAUAUCAGAGCAAAACUGCAAACCAUGUGGAUCCUCAGGUAGAUGAUAGUUAA